UUGCCCUUCCGGUCAACAGUUGCUAGCCAGCUAGCUAGUGAAAAAGGCGAAGCUGGUUAGCUCCAAAUUGUAUUUUCAAGCAAGUUGUCGGAAAUAUUAUUGUCAAAACACGGAACAUCCUGCAAAGCCGCUAAAUAAGACAAGGGAAGAUGGCAGACACGGGAAACAGACUGCGCAAACAGCUUGAAUCGGCUAACUUCGAUCCCCAGAAUUAUGUCAAGCACCUCUCACAACAGUCUGAUGGCGACAGAGAUUUGCAGGAACACCGUCAAAAAAUUCAGACUUUGGCUGACGAGACAGCGCAAAACCUGAAGAAGAAUGUUUAUAAGAAUUACAGACAGUUUAUAGAGACUGCGAAAGAAAUUUCAUAUUUAGAGAGCGAAAUGUACCAGCUGAGCCAUAUUUUGACAGAGCAGAAAAGCAUUAUGGAGAGCAUAACCCAAGCGCUGCUCUCCACGGAUAAAGAUGAAACUGCCAAGGAAAUGCUUGCAGCAUUCCCAAAAGAAACCGAAGACGUGAAGCAGAGAACGCUUACCACGCUGUUGGAGAAAGUGGAGGGGUGUAAAAACAUUAUGGAGACCCCUGGCAGGUAUUUGGUCUACAAUGGGGACUUGUUAGAAUAUGAUGUUGACAAUAUGUCACAGAUCCAAAAAGUGCAUGCCUUUUUGAUGAACGACUGUCUCCUUAUUGCCACCUGGUUACCAAACCGCCGGGGUGCAGUGAAGUAUAAAUACAAUGCUCUGUAUGAUUUAGAAAGCUUCGCUGUAGUUAAUGUGAAGGACAACCCUCCCAUGAAAGACAUGUUCAAAAUACUGAUGUUCCCAGAUAGCCGCAUAUUUCAGGCAGAGAACAGCAAAAUCAAGAAGGAGUGGCUGGAGAUCCUUGAGGAAACCAAGAAAAACAAGGCAGUGAAAGAGAGGCACAAGAAAGAGGAAGAGGUGCCAAACUCACCGGUGCGGCCAGAGGUCUCCACCAACCCCUUUGAUGUGGACGAUGAGCCCCUGGGCUCUGAGGAGGUGGUGGACUUGAGCUUGGAGUGGAUCCAGGAGCUUCCAGAGGACUUGGACGUGUGCAUAGCUCAGCGGGACUUUGAAGGCGCUGUGGACCUGCUGGACAAGCUGAACGAGUACCUGAAGGACCAGCCCGUGAGCCUGGGCGUGAAGGAGCUGAGGGCGAAGGUGGACGAGCGCGUGCGGCAGCUGACGGAGGUGCUGGUGUUCGAGCUCUCCCCCGACCGCUCGCUGCGCGGGGGGCCCAAGGCCACCCGCAGAGCCGUCUCGCAGCUGAUCCGCCUGGGCCAGUCCACCAAGGCCUGCGAGCUCUUCCUGAAUAACCGGAAGGCCGCCGUGCAGACGGCCAUCCGCCAGCUGCGCAUCGAGGGGGCCACGCUGCUCUACAUCCACAAGCUCUGCAACAUCUUCUUCACCAGCCUGCUGGAGACCGCCAAGGAGUUCGAGAUGGACUUUGCCGGCAACACCGGCUGCUACUCGGCGUUCGUGGUCUGGUCGCGCUCGGCCAUGAAGAUGUUCGUCGACGCCUUCAGCAAGCAGGUGUUUGACAGCAAGGAGAGUCUCUCCACCGCUGCCGAGUGCGUCAAGGUGGCCAAGGAGCACUGCAAGCAGCUGAGUGAGAUCGGCCUGGACCUCACCUUCACCCUGCAGUCCCUGCUGGUCAAGGACAUCAAGGCGGCGCUGCAGAGCUACAAGGAGAUCAUCAUCGAGGCCACCAAGCACCGCAACUCCGAGGAGAUGUGGCGCAAGAUGAACCUGAUGACCCCCGAGGCGCUGGCCAAGCUGAAGGAGGAGAUGCGCAGCUGUGGGAUGGGCAGCUUUGAGCAGUACACGGGGGACGACUGCUGGGUCAACCUCAGCUACACUGUGGUGGCCUUCACCAAGCAGAUGAUGGCCUUCCUGGAAGAGGGCCUGAAGCUGUACUUUCCAGAGCUCCACAUGGUUCUCCUGGAGAGCCUGCGGGAGAUCAUUCUGGUGGCGGUGCAGCACGUGGACUACAGCCUGCGCUGCGAGCAGGAGGCGGAGAAGAAGGCCUUCAUCCUCCAGAACAUCACCUUCUUGCACGACACGGUCCUCCCAGUGGUAGAGAAGAGGUUUGAAGAAGGGGUGGGGAAGCCGGCCAAGCAGCUGCAGGACUUGAGAAAGAGCUUCCGGCCGAUGCGCGUCAACCCCGACAGCACCAUGUCUGUGGUAUAAAAGGACAGCAAGCUGUCGACAGAACAUUUCAGCGCAAUUUCAUUUCAGCUGCUUUGGAUUCAUAUUGUUAGUGCUGGGCAGCAAAACCGAGUCUCUUUUCAAAAAUCUAGUUGAUAAUUUUCCUUUUUGCCUCCAUUUGUGCUCUAGUUUUCACUAUCCUAAUCUCUUUGUUGUUAAAUUUGCUAUUAAAAGCAAUUUGUGUCAAGCUGUGUAUGUGUUUUCUCUGGGUUUUUUGGUUGGCACAGCCAUUGAGAAUGCAUGGGAGAUAGAUUCUAAACAGACCUAAAAGGCUGUAAGUAAACUGCUGUAUGUAACAAGACCCAGCAUCCACAAGGAUUGCACUGAAUAUUUAUGCCAAGGUCUCCCUUUCCCAUGGCAGUUCAUUUCAUUGGACAAAAGUUGUGUUUUAAUCAUGCUUGCCUGAAUAUUACAACAAACACUGUUAUAGGACAGCCUUUCUUAAUAAGUCUACCAUGCAAAUAAACUCUGCUCUGAAUAAUAUUUGAAAUAAACAA